UCCGCGAAGUCAGUCAAAGAGUUUUGUUUUGGUUUCAAGAACGGGUACCAUCGCGGAACCCAAGUGAGUCUCUUCUGUACAACGUUUGAAAAUCUCAACGACUGUCGAACGAAUACGAUUAUUGAAUUUUCUUGUUGGAAGCUUUUUGGUAAAAGAUGGACUCGAUUAAGUUGAUUGUGAAGGCGCCCAACCAACAAACAGAUGACCAGACCAUCCCCUGCGAUGUUUCGUGGACAGUUCUGCAGCUGAAGAACCACCUCAGCGAAGUCUAUCCAACACAUCCCGCAAUCAGCGAGCAGAAACUCAUAUACUACGGACAACUUUUAUCGGACAGUUUGACCUUGAAAGAUGUGCUGAGGGACCUGAACAAGGGUCAAAGGGUGCAUUCCCUGCAUUUAGUGUGUGCCCCACCCAGAGGAAACAACGCUUCCUGGUCGAACGUCAGAAGAACAACACCUCCUGCGACUGACAGGGCCUUCUCGGCUUCUCAGGCGCAGGCUCCGAGUCAACAAAGUGAGCCCGAUACUCCUCAAGUACCUGAAUCGCCCGCGGCCGCCAGCGAAACGAACAUCCAGUUGAACCCAAAUAUGGUGUGGAACGAUGGAAGUCAGCUGCAGUUCCCUUCGGCCGCUUCGGCACAAAACCCAGCCAUCAAUGCUUAUUCCGCAUUCUUGCCCCAAAUGUACAGUCCUGCAAAUAUGGCCCAGAUGCAGCACGCCUAUUCUCAGUUCAUGGCCCAGUAUUUUUUCCAUCUGCAACAAGCUGGAAUCCCGACAGAAGCGCUGAACACAAUGCAGCAGGGUUGGAAUUUUGGACAUGGUGCCCAGCCAGCAGACAGACCAGUUGAAGCAAACAAUGUCGUUCCGCCUCCCAACAGAAAUCCGCCUAAUAAUCUUCCGCCCCAGAUGAUCGACGACGACGUCGGAGGAAAUAGACAAAGAGACUGGUUGGACUACUUCUAUAUUUCGAGUCGAAUGAUCGUCCUAAUCAGCAUAGUUUACUUCUACUCUUCACUGCACAGAUUUCUUUUGGUUACCUCGCUUGGAAUGCUGCUUUACUUGUACCACAUAGGCUAUUUCAACGGUCGCGGCCAGCAAGCACAGCAAGCGAACAACAACGCGGCCGCCGACAACAACAACCGAGUGCCUGAACAACCCGUGCCGGAAGCCGAUGGUCCAGACUUGCCGGAAGGGCUGCGACAGCGGCGACCGGCAGGGAACGCGGACGCCGAUGCGGAGCAGCAGGAGGACGGCGCGGCUGCCGACGCGGACGCGGCCAACCAGCAGCAGCCGCAGGACGAGAACAGCUUUUCUGUCAACCUGCUGUGGACUUUUUUGACCAGCUUCUUCUCCUCCCUGAUUCCCGAGCGGCCCCAGGCUGCUGCAUAAUCUAGUUUGACCUUUUGUAGUCAUUCGUCAGGUUAAACUAUGUAUGAAAUCUUAAUGUGGCUGUUUUAAAUUAUUAAGUAUUAAAAAGCAAAAUUGUUGAAUGCAUCACAAAACUAUUAACAACCACUAAACUCGUGAGAUUUCGACCUUGUAAUUAUAAUUUGUAUAUUUCCCCUAAAGAUCAUGAUGUCUAUUGAUAUUUUAUCGCCCGUUGAGUUGAUUUGAGAGGAAACAUAAAAAACGCUGUAUUUCAGUACUAUUACUCGUGUAUAGCUUAAAUGAGUGCUGUUUUUACAAAGUGCAAUAAAAAAAUCGAUUCAUCUGAG